CGAAAUGCACACAUCAAUCAUCAUCACUUCCAAGCUUCCAUGAAUGAUUGAUCGCAAUAGUGAGGAAUUCAUCGCGUUUCAGCCUUUCUGCAAUCACGAUUUCUGCCGGAAUGAUUAUUUCGAUGUUCUUAGAUUCGUAAAUUGAUAUUGAUAUUGGUUGAAUGGUAUCUGUGUCUGUUGCUCAAGGCUCAUGGAAUUCUGGAGUUGAUGAUUUCCUGAGUUGUUGAUUCGGUAGCUGUGCGGGGGCGAGAUGGCUGCAAUCGCUUUGCCGAACGGGUUACUUCCUGCUACUGUUCCGUGUUGUUCUAGCGACUUUCCGAGCUCGAGUGAUGGCCGUGUUUCAUGUUUUCGUUUCAAGUGGCAUCAUGUGACUCGCAAUCGAUUUUCGAUUCAGGAAAGAAGACGGUUUUGUCCGAAUCAAUGGAGCAGCAACCCAAGGCUUGUUGUUUCCAGGAAAAUGGGUGAUUCUAGUGAAAGUUUCAUUAAUAUUCUUGAUGAAAGUGAUAGUAAUCCACCAGUUAUUGAUGAAAAUGAACUGUUGGAAACUAGGAAAGCUUUGGCAGAGGCUCAGGCCAGACAAGAAUCUGCCGAGAAGGAGAGGGACCAUUUGCUUGAAGAGUUGGCUAGAUCUGAGGCCAAACAAAGAGAUUAUGUGAAUGCGCUAAUGCACGAUAAGGAAAUGACUAUUGCAGAACUUGAUUCAGCAAAAGCCAUGUUUAAUCAGAAGCUAGAAAAGUCUGUAGAUGAGAAAUUCAGUUUGGAGUCUAAGUUGGUGCUUGCAAAGCAAGAUGCCAUUGAGCUUGCAGUGCAGGUUGAGAAGUUGGCAGAGAUUGCUUUCCAGCAGGCAACCUCACACAUUUUAGAAGAUGCACAAUUGAGAGUUUCUGCCGCGGAAACUUCUGCUGCUGUGGCAGCUUAUCAAACUCAGGAAAAAAUACGAAAUGCCACUGAAGGUACCAUUUUUUCUAUUGUGCAGCAGUCUAAAGACGCAAUAGAGAAAGCUCUUGCUGUGGCAGAAUCAGCUGGUGACCAAACGAGUAAAGCUGUCACAGUGUUUAUGGAUGACAUGAGUUCAGUUGAACAGAUUGCGUCUAUCCAAUCUCUAAAUGUCAAGUUACAAACUCUUGUUAAAGACUUGGAAUCUCAGUUGUUGAUACAUAAAAAUGAGAUCGAGAGGUUGAAAUUAGAACUAGAAAUGGCGAGGCAACAAGCGGUUGCAUUUGAAAACCGGGCAAAUAAUGCUGAAAGAGCACUGCACGAAUUUCAGGGUUCAAGCAGAAAAGCAUCAAUACAGCGUGAACAGGAAAUGAACUCAUUAUUGGAAAAAAUGAAAAAAGAUUCUGCUGAAAAACGGAAGGCAGCUUCAAAGGCUUUUAAGAAUGAAAUCGAGAGUAUUAAGGCUGCUAUUGAAGCAGCUAAGGAGACUUCUCGCACACGAGAUGAAGCCUACAUGCGAAGAUGUGAUGCAUUGCAGAGAUCUCUGAAAGCCUCUGAAGCUGCUACAAAUAUGUGGAGGCAAAGAGUGGAAAUAGCUGAAGCAUUGUUACUGAAGAAAAAUUCAACUGAAGCGGAGGUUGAUGAUGCCAUUUACGUCACUAAUGGUGGAAGAAUCAAGCUAUUGAUGGAUGAUGAUUCACAGAAAUGGAAACUUUUAAGUCAUGGUCCUCGAAGAGAUAUACCCGUUUGGAUGACACGAAGGAUAAACUCCAUCUGUCCUAAGUUUCCACCUAGGAAGAAAAGCAUAUCAGAAGAUACAGCUUCAAGGUUUAAAUCCUUGGAAUUGCCUAAACCUCAAGAAGUAUGGUCAAUUUUCACAGAAAAGCCAAAGGAAGGAGACAUUCUUAUUGAACACGUGAUUGAAAAAGAAAUCAUCGAAAAGAAAAGAAAAUCUUUGGAGCGUGCUCUUCAAAGAAAAACAAUUAAAUGGGAAAGAACUCCUGAAGAAACAAAACUAGAACCAGGAACAGGUACCGGGCGUGAGAUAGUGUUCCAAGCUUUUAAUUGGGAAAGCUGGAGAAGGCGGUGGUACCUUGAGCUUGCUUCUAAAGCUGCUGAUUUGUCACGUUCUGGUGUGACGGCAGUGUGGUUCCCACCACCAACAGAAUCUGUUGCUCCACAAGGUUACAUGCCAUCUGACCUUUACAACUUGAAUUCUGCUUAUGGGUCCGAAGAUGAGCUUAAAAACUGUAUAGAGGAAAUGCAUAACCAUGACCUUCUGGCCUUGGGGGAUGUUGUUUUGAAUCACCGUUGUGCUCAUAAACAGAGUCCAAAUGGCAUCUGGAAUAUCUUCGGAGGCAAGCUAGCAUGGGGCCCAGAAGCGAUAGUUUGUGAUGAUCCAAAUUUCCAAGGGCGGGGAAAUCCUUCAAGUGGUGAUAUCUUCCAUGCUGCACCAAAUAUAGAUCAUUCUCAGGGUUUUGUACGGAAAGAUAUAAAGGAGUGGCUGAAUUGGUUGCGAAACGAAAUUGGGUUCGAUGGGUGGCGUCUUGAUUUUGUGAGAGGUUUUUCUGGUGGAUAUGUGAAAGAAUAUAUUGAAGUUUCAAACCCUGCUUUUGCUAUUGGAGAGUACUGGGAUAGUCUUGCAUAUGAAGGUGGCAAUUUGUGUUACAAUCAAGAUGCUCAUCGGCAACGCAUAGUUAAUUGGAUCAAUGCGACUGGUGGUACAUCUUCAGCAUUUGAUGUCACAACAAAGGGUAUACUUCAUUCUGCUUUGCAUAAUCAGUAUUGGAGGUUAAUUGAUCCACAAGGAAAACCAUCAGGGGUAAUGGGAUGGUGGCCUUCACGUGCAGUGACAUUUUUAGAGAAUCACGAUACCGGAUCAACACAGGGUCAUUGGCCCUUUCCACGAGAUAAACUUACACAAGGAUAUGCAUAUAUAUUGACACACCCUGGAACACCAGUGAUAUUCUACGACCACUUCUAUGAUUUCGGAAUCCGCGAAAUCAUAACGGAGUUAAUCGAGGCACGGAGGCGGGCGGGGAUACAUUGUCGGAGCACUGUGAAGAUUCAACACGCAAACAAUGACGGGUACGUCGCGCAAGUUGGGGAUGCUCUUGUGGUGAAGUUGGGCCACUUUAAUUGGAACCCUUCAAAGGAAGUGAACCUGGAUGGCACAUGGAACAAGUUUGUGGAAAAAGGUUCAGAUUAUCAGGUGUGGCUUAGGCAAUAAAUUUCCCCUCCUCUCUUCUCAUCUCUUGCCUUGUCUUUUGGUUCCAAAUUUACUUCCUACUUUAAAAAGGGGGACCCGUUCGGCAACAGAUUCAAUGUUUUGCUCUGGCGUUUUGAAAAUGUUAUUUAACAGUAACGUUCUAGCUUAGUUGUUUUCUAAGUUGAUCUUUACAAUUAAAAAACGUUUCAAAACGCUAAAUCAAAACGUUGUUCUCAAACGAGGCCUUAGAGAUCAUCACGUGUCUUUAAAGGAGCCCUUAGUAGAAGUGCAAGGUAAGAUUUCACUCCCUCCUUCCAUGUAUGUAUAGGCGAUCUGACUAGGAAAAAAAAUUAAUUAGCAAAUGCUUAUUGGCUUAUUCUAGCACCAAUCCAUUGUUUAUUGUUUAAAGAAAUAUUGGCCUUUUGUUUUGUCUUGUAGCCUUAUUCUAAACGUGUGUUUUGAAAAGUCUGAUCUUUGUUUCCCUUUCUUAGUACAGACUGAAACAAUUUUGCGGGGUAUGAGACUUGUCCCAUAUCAACAGGCAGAGAAAUGUUGGAGAUGAUGACUACUCCGCAAACGUUUAUCAAUCUUGGUGAUUCUUGCAGAGGUAAAUCGCGCUUCAUGACAUUCUCCCCUGUUUUUAAAAGGCUGCUUUCUAUAUCCUCUUAUGGCAUUCCUUUCAUCUUUUUAGUUCUAAUUAUGUCAACAAAGCUUUGAUACCAUG